AUGGGGUCCGUUUAUGAGCCAGUAGGGUUUGAAGGCCCAGAGAAAAAGCUCGAAAUCGACUUUCAACCAGCAGGUGAGGUAGCCGGUUCGCCCUGCUCGCCAAAGCAUAGCCUUCGGUCGGUUCCGCGUAGCAAAUGGGAAACAAUUCUGGCGGUUGCGCAGUGUAAUAUCCUCUCGGUAUUGCAGAACGCACACUGCGACGCCUAUUUGCUUUCAGAGUCAUCCAUGUUCGUCUUCGAUCGAAAAGUCAUGAUCAAGACCUGCGGGACGACUUCGCUCCUCCGCACAGUUCCCGAGCUGAUGGCGGUCGGCCAGCAGCUGCAAUUGGAGAUAGGAUUUCUGCAGUAUUCACGCACUGCCUUCCGUUACCCAGAAUACCAGCCCGCGCCGCAUCAGAGUUUCCGCGACGAGAUCGCAUACCUCCGCCAGUACCUACCUGAAGGCUUCGAGCGCGUCAUGGCGGAUGACCACGCCAUUCCGCCUGCCCAACGCAUGGCGUGGCAUGUCUUCACCUACGAUAAUCAGCGAAUGCCCACGAAUGAGCAGAGCCUCGAGGUGUGCAUGUUUGAUCUAGAUCCGAUGGCAAUGCGGUGCUUUUUCGGCGAUGAUUCGUUACACGGAGGCGAUCCAGUGCUGUGCACGCAUGUGUCCGGCAUCGAUGAUCUCUUGCGCGCCGCAAAGCGCCUCGAUCAGAAUGCAGUGGAUGACGACGGCGCCGCGCCGCUCGUCGACGCGCACCUCUUCUCGCCGUGCGGGUAUUCCAUGAACGCCCUGGACGGAUCAACCUACUACACGAUUCAUAUAACGCCUGAGAACCACUGCAGUUAUGUGUCCUUUGAGACAAACGCCCACUUGGGCUCUUUCGUGCCAGUUUUACGCUGCGUUCUUGAAACAUUUCGGCCAGCGCGGUUUCAGGUUGCAUACGUAGGCGAUGAGCAGGCAGCAGGGACACACGCGGCGCGCGACUGGCCCAAGCACCUUCACGCUGGGGAGCAGCGUUUCUCGCGUCGCGACGCUCUACAGACCGGGGGAUGCGCAAAACCCAAGUGCUCCCCGAUGGUAUGGAGAAGGACUGGGCCGUACAAUCACUGGAUGGCGAGCAGUGCAACCUAUCAGUGCGUGUUGGGCUGGCCGUCCCUAGCUUGCGAUGAGAUCGCCGGCGAGAGGGCGCACUGCGGCUACAAUGGGUGGAGUUCACCUGUCUCCGGUGACUCGUGGAGUACCCGGCCGACGCCGUCGCUCUGUUCCGACUCCGAGCGCGACCUCGAUGACGUUCCACUGGACUCCUCAACGACAUUGGAUGGACAGGCUCCGAACAUAUCCAUCGGGUAG